GUCGUGGCAUAAAUUAAAUAUAUUCAAAAUCUUCAUUACUGUGUGGUGUUGAUUUGAUAUUUUACCUAUAGUUUUUAACACCAAGUAGGUAAAUAUUUAUUUUCAGUGCAGUAAGGUGGUAAAGUUAAUUUGUUAGCUAUGGAAUUUAAUAUUGAAAUUAAGGAAGAGUGUGUUGAAUAUGAUCAAAGACAUAUUAUAGAGACUCAUCUGUCCACAUCAACAUAUCUGGGACACUUGAAAAUUGAACCAGAAAAUAAAUCAGCUGUGGCAGUAAACACUGGCAUUAAGGAAGAGUUUGUUGGAGGUGACCAAAGAUCUAUAGAUUGUCAGUUAUCUACAUCCUUCGAUCUGGAAUACUUAAAGAAUGAAUCAGAUGAGAAUAACUCAGGUUGUUUCCAUGAGGAUAUGAAAAUUGUGGAAAUACUAGCUGAACAUUCAUCCCAUAAAGAAAAAAAUAACAGUCGACAAGCCAAAGAAUCAACAGUACUAAAUGCAAAUAUUAAACUUGAGACCGAACAACUUGCUCACGCAGGUGAUUCUAGAGAGCAAUUGAAAACGCAAUCUGAGGAAAAACUAUACAAGUGUGAAAUUUGUGGCAAACAGUUUAACCACGCAGGUCAUUGGAAAAAACAUUUGAUGACACACAAUGGAGAAAAACCUUAUAAGUGUGAAAUUUGUUUCAAGCAGUUUUCUCGAACUGGUGAUCUGAAACAACAUAUGAGAAUACAUACUGGAGAAAAACCUUACAAGUGUGAAAUUUGUUUCAAGCAAUUUCCGCGAACAGAUACUUUAAAACAACAUAUGACAAUGCAUUCUGGAAAUAAACCCAAGUGCGAAAUUUGUUUCAAGCAGUUUUCUCAAACAGGUGCUUUGAAAAAACAUAUGAAAUUACACACUAAAAAACCUUAUAAGUGUAAAAUUUGUUUCAAGUUGUUUUCUCAAACAGGUGCUUUGAAAGCACAUAUGAGAAUACAUGCUGGAGAAGAACCUUACGAGUGCGAAAUGUGUUUCAAGAAGUUUUCUCACAAAGGCGAUUUUAGAAAACAUUUGAUGACACACUCUGUGGAAAAACCUUACAAGUGUGAAAUUUGCUAUAAACAGUUUACUGGAGCAAGUAACUUGAAGAAACAUUCGAUAAUACACACUGGUCAAAAACCUUACAAGUGCGAAAUUUGUUUUAAGCGGUUUAAUCAAACAAGUAAUUUAAAAAAACACUUGAUGAUACACACUGGAGAAAAGCCUUACGAGUGUGAAAUUUGUUUCAAGCAGUUUUCUCGAGCAGGUGAUUUGAAGCAACAUAUGAGAAUACAUACUGGAGAAAAACCUUACAAGUGUGAAAUUUGUUUUAAACGGGUUAACCAUGCAGGCAGUUUGAAAAAGCAUCUAAUGAUACACACUGCACAAAAACCUACCAAUAAUUAAAGGUACUACAGUAAAACCUCCGUUAACCGAAAUAAUUGGGGGGAAGGGCGUUUCGGAUAACAAGAAUUUCGGUUAAAAAUAACAUUAUUUUUUUAAACAUUUUUAACAUUUAGUAUUCUUGGUUAAAAUAUUGGUAUUAAAAAAUACUAUGCAGUGAUUUCGUAAUAUUUUUUAAUACGUAAAUACAGAAUAAAGUAUUAAAAUUAAGGAAAAUGAACAAGUUUAACAUGAUUUUUUAAAGAAAUCUUCUAUUUUCUUUUACGUUAUCGUUUGACAACGAUGUUUUGCGCCUAUAUAUCUGUAUCGUUAAUUUGAAGAACGUCGUGAGUUUGCCUCAUUUCAUCGUUCAACGAAACGUAAAGCAAUCUGAAAAGGACAAAACUUUAUACAAUGGCAACAAAAAUUAAGAACCUACUUGUGUCCCUAACUAAUUAGGCCUACUGUAUAAAAUUCUUUUCCUUAAGGCAUUGAAAUCUCAUCGGCGGUCUCAUGCUACCUGUUGUCUGUUGGGUCGUCAUCUUCGUCGUCUGAUACGCUCAGGUUGUCUGGAUGAAGAACCAUAUCAAUGAUGACCUGGUCGAUGAAUUCACUUUCUGAGUCAUCGUCUGCUAACCACUCACGUAUCUCUUCUUAACGUAAAUUUUUUAUUAAAGGUUUAAUUUCUUCUGUCGUUUCUUUAUCAGUUUCUUCUUCAGGAUCGUCAAUCAAAAUCCUAUCAAAAAGUUAGUUCCAGCAUUUUUCCAAAGUUGAAGAUUUGAUCUUGGCCCAGAACUCAGCACACCGAUAAACAACAUGUUUCAUUGUUGAACAAUUGACGAUUUCAGGAACACUUUCGCAUUCAUUCGUCUCCUGUAAUAACAGAUGUCUUAAGAAUGCUCCUCUAUAAUGUCUCUCGAAUGUCUCUAUUACUCCCUGGUCUAAUAGCUGAAUUAAGCUCGUGACAUUCGGUGGCAAAAUCUGACAAUUAUCACUAUUGCAUAGAUUUUGAGGGUGGUUGGCGCAUUGUCAACAAGCAACAAUGCUUUGAUGGGAAGGUUUUUUUAUUUUAAAAAGGAUUUUAUACUUGGGACGAAUUCAUUUUCGAACCAUUCUGAACAGUGGUCGACAUCCAUGAGCAUUUUUGGCUUCUAUAAAAAACUGGAAGUGCUUUUUCUCAAAUAUCUUUUAGAGCUCUUGGUUGUUUUGAUUUCCCAAAACACAUAGUCAUCAAUCGGUAAGUGAAAUUAAUGGAAUUGUUUACAUUUUGCGAUAAAAUAUUACUUUUUAUUGACGAAAUUAUUUAAACUGUCAGCCGUUUCGGUUAAACGAAGUUUCGGUUAAAGGAGGUUUUACUGUAUAAAAAUAAAUACAUUUAAUGAAAUACUCUAUAGGAUAAUAAUCCACUAUAGGCCAGCGUGAUAUUUAUAGAUAGAUUAUUUUUGAACCCUUAAAAGUUGUUUAAAGUUAAAAAAAAAUGUCUAAGCUGUAGUAAACUGAAUAAUAAUUUGGGUUGUAUUAUGUUUCCAAUAUCCUUUC